UACUAAGUUUCGCCGCUCAUUAGUGUUUUUUCAGCCGAUGAGAGAGGACGUGUUUUUGUGUAACGUGUUGGUAGGCGUAAAUCGUAAAGAAUCAAAAACUUAUAGCCGCGGCGUCGCUGCCAAAUCAAAAAUUGUGCAAACGCCUAUCAAAUGAAACUGUAAUAACGUGCUAAACAAGUUGAAUGUUUGAAAACGAACAUUUUUGCUACAAAUGUGAGCAGCGCACAUUAUUGAUUAGCGAAGCGAGACACCCUGCACGUUUGUGCGUAUGAAAAUCUCUUCUAGCGCACAUUAAACUGAGAAGUCGAAGUAAUUAUGAGCGAUGAUACAUAUCAGAUAGAGACGCGUAGGCGAUCUCGGUCCAAGACACCAUUUCUGCGCUCCGGCCGCGAUCAUGAGAAUUUGGAGCAAGUGAACGAGGACGGUCAUGUUCAUCAGAAGAAGAAGAAAUCAUCCGUGGCGCCCAAUGUGCAGACUAUUAUUGAGGAGCACGUGACGAAGACAACAAGCAGCAGCAGCUCCAGUUCAGCGGACAAAAUCCGCGGUAAGGUAUCUGCAACUGCCAGGCAGCACCUGACCUCGGAUUAUUCCAGCGAUGACACCACGCCGGAGGAUAAACGCAGGCAGCAGCAGCAGCAGACAAAAACCACAACGGUCACGAGCAUCAUUACACAGACUAGUAAGCGUCUGGGAAAUGCCUUCGGCAGUUUUAGCUCAGCCAGUACCUCUACACCGCGAAACAAUAGUCAAAUAGAGACCACACAGAAUGUGUUGAAUUCGGCUCAAGAGCAGCGCAGCAGCAGCAAACGCAUCUCGCGUAGCAAUGGCGGCAACGUUGGGAAUAGCGAGCUAUUGCCCUAUCAUGAAUACAAAGAAGCCGGCGAGUACUGGAACAAAACACCCAAAACGGAUUAUACAUACUCAGAGCUGUCUCCUGACCGGCGCCUUCUAGCUCCCGGCAUUGUGGCCAUGCCGAAUAUGUCGCGACGUGGUCUAGAAAACCACAAUGCUCGCGUCAACUUGAUGGUACAACAGAAUCCGGCCCAGGAGGAGUUCAUAAGACGGCGCUAUCAGUCUAAAUACACGCAGCGACAGUCUCAUUUGAAUUACGACUCGGCGGAUGAGGUAGACAUCACGAAUUUUGGAGCAAAUCAGCAGAAGCAGAGCUGGUGGUUUUUCCGUCUUAUAACCACUGUAGUGACGACUAUCACCACUGUCUGGGCGCGCAUCGCCAAUGUGGGCGGCUCAUCGGAGACAGACAUUUAUCAUACCUACUAUGGCACAAAGGCGCAGCAAGCUGGCAUUCUCGGGAAAAUUAGAAGCGGCCUGUUGAGCAUAUUGCGUUAUUUAUAUCUGUUUAUUGCGUCCGUUUUGAGCUUGGAUACGUGGUUGCUUAAGAGCUCGAAACCAGAGAACAAGGCAAAGAAACGUUUCCUCCUGUUGUUGCUGAUACUUUUGCCUUUGCUGCUGUUAACAGCCUGGUCGUUGCUACAGGAUGAGCAACGUGCGCUCUACGCGCAGCGAUUGGAGGCGUGGCUGCCCCUUACUCUAUACGCCUCGCUACACAAUCGGCUUACCAAUGCGGGCGCCUCCUUCAAAUCGCUGGUGCAGCUUCCCAGUCUGAAUUGGGGCGCCGAGGUGAACGAAGCCGAGGCCCUCAAAUUGCAAAUGCUAAACAUCGAGCAGAACAUGCAGAAAUCGCUAACGCCCGAGGAGUAUGAGAACAUACUGAAUCAUGUGCACAGCUAUGUGCAGCAGUUGGUGGAACUAAAGUUGCAACAGCAAGAACAGCGGCAAGGAGAGUUGCGGCAACAGCUAUCGCCACAACAGUUGAAAAUCAUCGUGAAUCUUAUGCGUGAAAACCUGGCAGAGUUUGCGGUGAAAACAAAAAGUCAACUAAGCGAUGCUGAUGUAGAGGCUUUGGCGAUACGCUUGAAACUGCAGCUGCAGCAAUCUGGUGAGUGGCAAGGUAGGCCCGUGUCGCUGACAGCCGCCCAGUUGGAUGAGAUUAGACAGCUGCUGGUAGUCGAGCUAAAACAGCAUGAGCAUUACACUUGGCUGGUGGAACGCAUCGAUUUGGAUGCACUACUCGGUCGGAUUUUGGCAGCACCGCAAAUGGCGGAGUUCGUAGAUGCGCGCAUUCAUUUAGCGCUGGCAAGGCACACAUCUGAGCAGCCCACUGCUGGUUCGGGCCACUCGGCGCAGUCAGAGCUUCUAGUUGAUGAGCUGAACAAGGAGAUCGCGUUCAUCAAACUGGCGCUCUCGGACAAGCAUGCCGAGAACGCCGAUUUGCAGCAGUCGUUAAGUAAGCUAAAGCUGUCGCAGGAGGAUCUGCUGGAGCGCAUGCAGCGGCAUGAGUUGGCGCAGGAUAAACGUUUUAGUGGUGUGCUGGCCGAAAUCGAAACCAAGUUGGCCGCCUUAAAUGACUCACAAUUCGCGACGCUUAACAAGCAGAUGAAAUUGACGCUAGUGGAGAUUUUGGGCUUCAAGCAGACGGCGGACAAUGGCGGUGAGAAGCUUGAUGACAUUGAUCUACAGAACUGGGUGCGUAGCAUGUUUGUGGCUAAGGAUUAUCUGGAGCAGCAGCUGCUGGAACUUAACAGGCGUACUCACAACAACAUACGCGAGGAAAUUGAACGUUCGAGCGCUGUGCUGAUGAGUGACAUAAGCGAGCGCUUGAAGCGUGAGAUCCUCUUGGCUGUGGAGGCAAAACACACUGAGAGAAGCACUCAGCUAAAGACUCAGAUACGCGAGGAGGAGGUGCACAAAAUUGUUAAGGCAGUGCUAGCCAUUUACGAUGCGGAUAAAACGGGUCUGGUGGACUUUGCGCUCGAGUCGGCCGGUGGGCAAAUUCUCUCCACACGCUGCACUGAGAGCUAUCAGACAAAGUCGGCGCAAAUCUCGGUGUUCGGCAUCCCACUCUGGUAUCCCACGAAUACGCCACGCGUGGCCAUAUCACCGAACGUGCAUCCUGGCGAGUGUUGGGCUUUCCAAGGCUUUCCGGGCUUUCUCGUUCUUAAACUCAACUCCAUGGUCUACAUAACCGGCUUCACGCUCGAACACAUCCCCAAAAGUCUAUCGCCCACAGGACGCAUCGAUUCAGCGCCACGCAACUUCACAGUUUGGGGCUUGGAGCACGAAAAGGAUCAGGAGCCAGUGUUUUUUGGCGCAUACGAGUAUGUGGACAAUGAGGCUUCGUUGCAAUACUUUCCCGUGCAGAAUCCAGACAUUAAACAGCCCUACGAAAUUGUGGAACUGCGCAUCGAAUCGAACCAUGGACAACCCACCUAUACGUGCCUGUAUCGCUUUCGUGUGCAUGGCAAACCGCCAGGUGCUUAGAUGAGCACAAACUUAAACCUACAAGUUAAUUCAGGUGUACAUAUUGUGCCUUAUGAAGAAAACUCAACAAUACUGCUACAAAACAACAUAGCUUCGAACUAUUCUAUAUAUACAUAAGUGAAGCCCCUCAAUACUGUUAUUAAAUGUGCGUUCGAAAGUGUUUCUAUUAGGGUAUCAUAGGCUAUAAACUAUUUGUAUAUAAAUUUUAGACAAUUAAGAUAAGGUCGUCAGGCACAGAAGCUUAAGAAUCGCUUUAUGAAAAAUAUUGAAUAAGUCGCGCGGUUACAACGAUUAUUGUACAGUUUUUUUUAGCAUUGUUCCAAAAAACAACAUUUCUAUUGUCCCAUAGAGUCCCACAGUUAUGUUUAGAGAUAGCCUUAGAAUUGUCCAGAAAUAUUUAUUUACUGCAAAGUGCAUUCGAUUACAUACUUGCAUGUACAACUUACCCUACAAAAUAGGUUAUUCAUUUAUUUUAAUUUGUUUUGCCAUUUCUGAAAACGUUUUGAGCUUUUAUUGUAUAUAGAUUUAUGUCUAUACCUAUUCUACGAUUUAAUACACACACACAUAUCGUACAUAAGUUGUAAAAUAUUAUAAUUUAUUGAAGCAGCACAUCUGUGCGUCUGCAGAGAUGCAUAAUUGCCAUAGGAAUAUAUUUAUAUUUGAAGAUAAAGAAUUUCAAAUCCAAGUUCACAUUUGAAAAUUCAAACAUAAAACAGACAGGCAUUUGAACAUUUGGCUAAAUGCCUAUCUCUCUCUACAGUUUUCUCGUUUUGUUAUAAAUGAAAUGGAAUUUACAAACAUAUCUUAAGCACAAAUAGUUGUAAGUUUC